AUGGCUGGAGGUUCAUCACAUACACAGACUCCCAUCCCACAACUCACAAAGCUCAACUAUGACACUUGGAACAUACAAAUGAAGACUUGGUUAAAGGCUGAAGAAACUUGGGAGAUGGUCGGAGAUGGUUUCACAGAACCUGAAAAUCUGGGAGCUUUGUCACAAGCUCAACAAAAUAAAUUAAAGGAUGAAAGAAAGAGAGACAACCGAGCUCUAAGUGAUUUGCAGAAUGCAAUAGAAGAUUCAUUUUUUGAGAAGAUUGCAGGAGCUGAAACAUCCAAGGAGGCUUGGGACAUCUUGUUUAAGACAUUCAAGGGGGCAGACAGGGUGAAGCAAGUGCGUUUACAAACACUUAGAGGUGAAAUGGAAUCUAUGACAAUGAAGGAGACAGAAAGUGUUUCAGAUUACAUCACAAGGGUGGAAAAGAUAACAAAUCAACUAAAGAACAAUGGAGAGGAGAUAACUGAAGCAAGAAUAGUAGAGAAGAUCCUUAGAUUUUUGACAGGCAAAUUUGUAAAUAUUGUCUGUGCAAUAGAAGAGUCAAAAAAUCUUUCAGAGAUGAAGGUAGAUCAGGAAGAACAACUCAAGGAAAAGAGUGUUAUACCUGUGGCAAAUUUGGGCACAUCUCAAAGGCGUGCUGGUGCAAGUAAUCAUAUGAGUGGGCACCAUCAUUUGUUUCAAAGUCUAAAAGAAGGAGCAUGUGGGAGCGUUUCAUUUGGAGAUGCAUCAAAAGUUCAGUUGUUGCAGAAGGGAUACGAAAUUUUUACAAAGGGGCAGCAGAUGCAAUUAAGAGACAAAACUGGUAGGGUUGUCUUAAGUUCUGAGAUGGAAAUAGAAUGUUCAAGGUGA